AUGGCAAACUUACCACCGUUGCCGAAAGUAGCAUCAACGGGAAGCAGCGAUCCUCAACCGCGCCCCGAAUCAUAUAACAACCGGCCAUGCACAGGUCGCGGUUGUUCGUCAGUGAAUAGCAGUUCACUAAGCAGAGCAUCCGCUCGUCUUGCCCUACGACUAAGGCAAAUAAAUGAAGAGCGCGCAAUUCAGCAGCGCGAAAUUGAGAUGGAAAGGCGCGCUUUUGCCUUUGAGCGCAAAGUCCUGAAUGAAAAAUAUAGAUUGCUGGAGCAGCAGAUUCAAAGGAAGUCAACCUUCAAAGAACCUUCAGCCGAUGGUAUUCAGUUAUCAACUUCACCGCAUACAGCGGACAAUUCAACGAUACCGAAGAAAUUAAAAAUUCCUUCAAUACAAUCGAUAGGAAUUGAAUCUUUAACAGAUCGGUUAAAAUCGCUUGGGACUCAGCAGCGUAUUUCAAGCGCGUUUCCCAAAGCAGAUUCGAUGACGCAAAAUAUGAGCGCAAGUAGCAGUGUCAGAUGUAAUAUGGAAAACUUCAUCGCUCGUGCACCUUAUGGAACACCAUCAAACUCCGAGUUCAACUAUGAAGAUACAGCCGUCCGAUCUCAUCAGCCAUGCCACGGUACUGUUCAGCACCAGAGACAAGUGUGUAUUUCGAGCCAAGGAUCAAGUUGUGUGAGGAAGUUCUCACAAAAUACCCGCAGAAACAGCAUUACUAACACCAAGGAUUUGCGAACAACCAGGAAGAUCAAACCUAUAUUUUGUCAGGGUCAGCAACGUAUAGUGAUAAAAUUACCAUUAUUGCAACUACAUCAGUACGUUAAAUCGCACAUGGAAUGCUCCAUAGUGUGCGUACAGAAGGAACUCACCGUUAUAGAGCGAGCGCAAAACGAUUAUAGAUCGGCAUUGAGUGAGACACGAGUAUGUCGUAUUCCUUCGUACCUGGACACCGGCCAGAAGCUAAAGAAUCGAACUCAGAGUAGAAUGAAGAACGUCGAGACAAAAUCCUCUCUGUUUAGUACAAAGAAGACUGACCUAUUGAUAGCGGUGAUGCACGGGAGCAGUAUGUUGUGCACGGUUCCGACUACGCCAGAGCAGAACAAAUCAUCGUCUUCGUCGUUGCUGUCCUUGUCGUCGACGUUGGAAUCUCCCGCGAGUCGAAAAAAGGAAAUUUGUAAAUUCUUCAAAAUGGGCAUCUACCGCUAUGGGUCGGUCUGUUCGAAUACACACGUCGCCCCUGCUACGGAACAGACACAAUCCGGUCUAUCCUUUGCAGCCGAUUCAGGACCCAGUUUCACCAUUGAUCCUCUCAAACGGAUCAACGCAUCGGAAUUUGUUUUUAAGUUCAAUCAAUGGCAAUCCCCUACUGGUUCGGUUGAGGUACAACAGACAGAACAGAUGUUACCAGAAGAACGACUGGUAUCACUGGAUUUGUCCGAGGAAGGUGUGGUAGCUGAUGACGAAGCGGAAGAAGAAGAUGCCAUCGCAGCUGCUGGAAUGCCCUAUGCGGUCGUUAUCACAAUAAGCGUGGGAAUGAUCGGAAUCCACGUCGAUUCGGUGCUAUGCCCAUACUUCGAGAGUAGGGGCGUCUGCAUGAUGGACACGUGUCCGUAUGUGGCAAUAUACAAGCGGUGCGACAAAUUUUGUCUGAACGCGCUCGACAAGGAACACCAAGGGCUGCACGACGUCGAGUGUAUCAAACAGCACGAGCUGGACAUGCAGCAGUCGUUCACCAUCCAUCGAUCCAAGGACAAAAUCUGCGACAUCUAUUUGAAGGUAGUCAUGGAGAAGCUGUGCCGCGAGCAACGAUUCGGAAUCCUACCCAACUUCAGUAACAUUUUCUACCUGAAGUGCAUCUGGACGUUGCGACAGGCGAAACACUCCAAGAACAAUAUUAAACUGGGCUGUCGUACGUGUCGCAUCCCGUCGCACUUUGUGUGUCUCAGUAUCGUGUGGGUGGGGAGUCGCGAGGAGAAGGAUGAGCCGAUCAAUGACAAUAUGAUGGCCUGCAACAUUACCCACUGCAAGCACUUUAAGCAGGAUUCAAGCAAGUGUCUGUUCGGGAACAAGUGCUUUUACGUGCUGGUCGAUGUGGGUGGUCCGUCACGACAGACCGACAACCGACUGCAGAUCAGCCAUCUACAAGAAUUUUUCCGCAAUGUGCUGUACCAGCGAGAGCUCCUGAUCGACUUCGUAUUGUCCAUAUUAUCCGACAGCGACGACUCAGCGAUGUCUGAACUGUAAGCGAUAUGUGAGGAAUUGUGGAAAGCAGAGUAACGUCAACGAACCAUCGGCUUCGGCAACUUGCAAGUUAGUUGGUAUAUCAUUAGGUAAAACUGGAUCCACCAGUAUAGAAACUAGUGACCAGUGUUACGGGGGGGAGUAUGUUACCGCUGGGAACACUGCAAGUGCAUUGGGCGGUACAGAGCUUCUAGCGAUGACAAGAGCUGACAGCGCUUUGCUCUUGGCAGAGGCUAAAUUGUAGAUAGAUAAGAAAAGAAGGAUGAAAGAAGGGAACACAUAGUGAUUCUACCUAUCAAAUUGAUUAUUCUACUUAAAACUAGUUUGUUUGUUUAUUCUACUUAACAGUAAGUCAUGCAAUUAUUCAAUACUCGAGAAACUAUAGUGCUAAUUAUUAUGAAUUACUUACAGUGUCUAAAAGAUGUGAAUUUCCUAUAAUCUACACUCAUGCAAUGUUAAACCUAUCUAGAAUAUGAAAUGUUAGCUACUUGGGAAGGUGAAAUCUCAGUGAAAUACGUUAAAGCACCGAAAGUGUAAGUAAAUGAAAUAUUGUAUUCUGAAUUGCUAAUAAUAAAUAUCAAUUUGCAGUUUAAAGCUGCACCUAACCGCAAACUUGGCGGCGACUUUGUUGUGCUGCUAACAACCCGGUAACCCACUGGAUUUCGUGACCCUUUCCCCGCUAACAACAUUGUUGUCACUUCGUAAAAUGGCUCAUUACACCAAUAAAGCUAGCCAUGAAAAUGUUUGACACUUCUGAGGUCAUUUUGACAGACCACACACAUGCAUGAAAAAGACGGAUCAUAUAUUCUACUUUAUCGAUCUUGUUGCCUUCUUUUUCAUGCUCAUGUGACAUCUGUCAAAAUGACCUGUGAAUUGUCAGUCAUUUUGAGGUUAGGUUCGUUGGUGUAAUAAAAAAUUGUGAGUGCCACGGAGUGAGGGUUCGAUUCCCGCUCCAGUCGGAGGAAACUUUUCGUCAAACGGAAAAUCCUUCAUUGGUCCACUGGGUGUUCCUUGC